CAAAUUUCACAACUGGAAGUGACCUAAUUAUCGCCCAUAAUGAUGAGGUUAUAAACUCCAGUCCCCCAAAAAACAGGACAUCUGUGAUAGUAAAUUGCACUGUAGGGUAAAUAUUUAGGCCCUAUUAUAUAGCAAAUCUUGUUUAUUUCAAGGGAACUGACAUGCCCUUUUUAAAUUACGUUCAAAGUUAACUCAGAGCCUUCUUCCACAUAAGUACAGUCAGUGGCUGUUGUUGCGCAGCCCAUACCUUCUGCUGUCGUCACGAAUCGAACCGACUGAAGGGUACAAGGAGGAUGCUGGCGGGGCUCUUUUCAACACAAACAAAGGGGAGAGAUCAAGUGCAUUGUCCACAGUGGAAAUCAUUAGAUAAUUUCAUCGUUGGCUCUUAGCUGUUGUGUCCUGGAACGCAACGUUCUCCGGGGUUCCAGAAGUGCCACAUGGUUCUGCUUCGGCACAUAUCCAUCGCCCUAACUGCAGCGGUGGCUGCCUUCGGGUCCGCGCUGUUUAUCGCCUUAAAUUAUUUCUACAGAAGGCGAAUAUGGUCCCCCGAAGCGGAUUAUUACAUGAUAGAAGAGGAGCAGGAGGAGGGUGUACAGCGCCAGGUGCUAGUCCUUGGCCUAGACGGAGCUGGGAAGAGCAGUAUGCUGCAGGGGCUGACAGCCACAGAUGGAGACAAGAGAGGGCACUGCCGUCCCACCAGGGGCUUCAACUUUAUGAGCCUCAGUGCCCCUGCCUGUCAGCUGAAUUUCCUAGAAAUUGGAGGGGGUGAGGAUUUGCGUAUGUACUGGGCAGAGUACCUGGGGAAGACACAUGUCCUGGUGUACGUGGUUGACUCCUCUGACAGAAGACGUCUCCCACAGGCCAAGGCUGAGCUGCAUCGCCUCCUCAGACUGCACUCACAACUUCCUGUGGUGGUCCUGGGGAACAAACAGGACAAGCCCAACGCCUUGAGUGUGUCGGAGCUCCAUGAGGCCCUGUCUCUGGGGGCGGUGGCAGACGAGAGGAGGCUGUUCCUACUGGCUGCCCAGCUAGGCUCAGAUGGCCUGAUUUGCUCCCGUAAUCUGCAGGCCUUCCAGGACUUGCUCCUACAGCUCGUCUGAUGCCCCAGGACAGGAGUAGUGAGCGGGGGGUUGACCAGGAAGGUGGGAUGGGGAGAGAGGUCCAUGGAUGUGCCCGUGUGGUAAGGACGAGUGGCAAAUGGCCAUUACUGUGUGUGAAUACUUUUGAACCCUUCAGUGGCAGGGACCAAAAAUAGUCAGGGUUCGAUAUACAGUCAGGUCCAUAAUUAUUGGCACCCUUGAUAAAGAUGAGCAAAAAAUACUGUAUAAAAUAAAUACAAA